GUUUUACUCCGUCGGUCCCGUGUGCUCUUGUGUACGGAUUGAUUAAAGAUGGUAGAGGGGAUGGGAAGGAUAGACAAACUACGCCUGCAACAAUUGACCAAGAAACAGUAAUCAUUUUGGUUUAGGAGUAAACAAGGAGGCUGCUACUACAUUAUUUGAUUUGGUAAUAGGCUACUGCCUUAUGUUCAAAAGAAACUGAAUAUGCCAUCAGUGUGCAAAAGAUGUGGAUCCUCUGAUAUUGACACUGAUCCAGCUAGAGGGGAUGCAGUUUGUACCAAAUGUGGAUCUGUUGUUGAUGAGCAUCUGAUUGUAUCAGAAGUUGAGUUUGAGGAAAACAGUGCUGGUGGUGCCAAUGUUAUUGGCCAGUUUGUUUCAGCAGAAGGCAAUACAUCUUUGUCUCUUGGUCAAAACUUCAAGCACAGUCUUGGCAGGGACUCAAGGCAGCAGAUUUUUAAUAAUGGAAGACAAAUGAUAAACAGUCUUGGUAGUCAGCUGUCUCUCAGCAAACAUUGUCUAGAAACAGCUUUCAUGUUUUACAAGCUAGCUGUUAACAGGAGACUAACACAAGGCAGGAGAACAAUACAUGUUGUUGGUGCAUGUCUUUACCUUGUUUGCAGGACAGAGAAAACUCCACAUCUGCUAAUCGACAUUAGUGAUGUUACACAGACUGACGUGUUCACUCUUGGCCGCACAUUCCUUGCAUUAUCAAGGGAACUUUGCAUUGAUGUACCAACGACUGAUCCAAGUCUCUAUAUUCACCGAUUCGCUCAUCAACUUAAGUUUGCUGAAAAAGAGAACGAGGUUGCCACUACUGCACUGAGGCUGGUCUCCAGAAUGAAAAGAGACUGGAUGAGCACGGGAAGGAGGCCAUCCGGUCUUUGUGGUGCAGCCUUGAUUGUCGCUGCGCGUCUUCAUGGCUUUAAUCGAACUAUAAAAGAUGUCGUUAAAGUCGUUAGAUUAAGCCAUUCCACAAUUCUGCAAAGGCUGGCUGAUUUCGGACGAACAGCGUCGAGUAAAUUGACUGUUGAUGAAUUUAAUAAGAUUGAUCUCGAAGAAGAGGCUGAUCCACCCUCGUUUACAAGGGCGAGGCAGCGCGCCAAACAGGCUCAAAUCUAUGACGACAACAUCAAAUAUGCAUCGCCAGAUCUGCUGGCGCAACUUGCCACUACACAGGAACGCGUCGAGGAGGUCCUAGCUAAGCGUAAAAUUAUCGAAGAUGAUAUCGCAAACAGAGAGACGGUUCUUCCAACGCCUGAAAUACGUCGCAAAAUGCUCAAGUCACGUUUACCUAUACACGCGCUGCAUUUGAAACAGAAUACAUCAGCUAGUGAAAGUACUAGCUAUGGAAAUACGGUUGAUCCAAAUCUAUCUAAUGGUGUUCUCCCUGAAGCUGAAAGUGAAGACAAUGUAAGUAAGGAUAAUGAAACUGAAAACGACGAGACUCAAUCUCAUAUCGAGGUAAAAGAAAAAGAGUUACUAGAGACUAUAGCGUUGUUUAAUGAAACGCAGAAGGAAGAAGAUGACUCAAACGAUGAAGAGGAAAAUGAAAAGGUUGACAAUGGUAGUUCUAUAUGCAAGCAAGAUACCAAGGAAGAAGCUGAUGGGGAGCAAAAGAAGGAAGAAGAAGAACCUAAUUGGGAACUAGAUCUGGAAGGUCUUGAUGAUAGUGAGCUUGACGAAUGUUUGUUAGGUGAAAACGAAGUGGAGAUACGAACCAAAAUUUGGAUGGAGGAAAACGGAGAAUUCAUGGAAAAACUGCGAGAAAAAGAAGAAAAGGCAGCACUUGAGCUGGAAGCGAAAUUGAAAACUGAGGGUACCAGGAAGAAGAGACCAAAAAAGAAAAAGAACAAAUUAGCUGCCGACACUGCAGAUGAAGCGAUCAAGACGAUGUUGGCAGAGCGAAAGUUGUCUUCGAAAAUCAACUACGAUGUGUUACGUGACUUGGCCGCGGAAGGUGGCGUCGAUAUUGCGAACGCAACUAAGAAAGAGCCGAAGCUUGAAGGCGACGAAGCGAAAACCGAAGUUUUAACAACAGUUUAUGAAUCUGGACCUGUUGAAAAGAAGUUAAAGUUCCGUGCUGGUUUCAAGAGGCAACCAAGCAUCCAGAACAUUGACGUAUUAACAAAAAGGAUAAAAACCGAGGCUAUGUCAUCUACACCAAACAGUGCUGCUGUUUCAUCAGUCAAAAAGGAAUCUGAGUUUAAACCAACGCCACUUGCCAAAAAACAAGAAGAGAUUAAGGAUCAAGUACGAAAGGAAGAGGUUAAAACCGAUGCUGUCUUGAAAUCAGCAAUUGUGGAAGAAGGCCCAGUCAUGGCAGGAGGUGAAGAGCUCGAUAACGAGGUUGAAUCAGAUGAAGAAGCUGACGAGCAGCAUAUCAGUGUAUCCCAGCUGUUUGGGCGUGGCAAUGUGGAUGAUGGCUUUGCCGAUGAUGGUUAUGAAAGAUUUGAUGAAGAAUAUUUCUGAAAGGAUUUUAUGUAUGUAUUUUGUACAGUGGCACAUAGAAUGUUGUAUUUAUGCUCAAAAAAUCAUAUAGCGAAUUGUUGCACACCA